AACAUGAAAGGGAAGGCAAAACAAGAACCUUUUGAAGGAGCUUGAGCUACUCUCUUUCACGUCUGAUGUCUCCCUCUUAUUUCUCUCUUUCAACUCUCUUCUUCCCUCUUUCUUUUUCUCUUUGAAAUUUCUUCACAGCCCCAUCACUACAACCAAUCCCACAUCCCCAUUCAAACAACUUCAAUUCCCAGAGUCGAGCGAGAAUGAAUACCACACAGAAGAGUCAAGACCAGGCCACGGAUUACAAUCUCUAGUGAACAUCGAUCUUUCCUGCGAGGACUUACCUAUUAACAGACAGAAGAGUCUUGCAGCCUCCCUCGAUCAAGACCUGCUACAUCGUGAGAAAUCUCUUCAACCGUAUCAACUAUAUCAAUGACGAUAGUGCCGGCCAGGUGAAUGAAACCGCCCAGCUCAUGGAUGAGCCAUAAGAGUUCCCACACAUCGUUAUGACUGGCAAACAGUUCCGAGACUAAGUAGUUCCUAGCUCAAUGGAUAGUUACUGCCAGUGAUCCAUGGACAUAGCUAGUCUGCGCUCUUUGGACUUUUUAAAAUUUAGCAAACUGAAACAUCUGAGUAGCUAAAGGAAAGGAAAUCAACCGAGACCCUGCGGAAGCGAAGCUCACCAUUUGAAAAGCGUCUAUCUGACAAGAGGAAGUACUCAACUAGUGAAUGAAAAGAAAAGUGACGCCCAGGCGAGGUAAGUUCGUGGAUCGGUGAAACAAACUGGGAAAUGUAAUUAAUUGUUAAUAAAUAAUCGGCUAGAUCUUCGGAGGCCGCCAUGGUCACUUUUCGGAAAGUUGAAAUCCGACAACCGCUGCCAGCGACCUUUCCCAGCUGAAUGCAAAAGAAACGCCGCCGGUCAAUAAACCACGCUGGAAUAAUGGCAACUCCCACUACACCCGCGGUGGACUCUGCAGCCUCCGCAGACGAGCUCACCGUCAAGGCCGUACACAAACGCUAUGAAGGUCUCGUCAUGGUUAGAACCAAAGCGAUAAAGGGCAAAGGCGCAUGGUAUUGGGAGCACUUGGAGCCCAUGCUGGUCCACAACACCGAGACCGGCCUUCCUAAAGCGGUCAAGCUCCGGUGUUCCUUAUGUGACGCCGUUUUCUCCGCCUCCAAUCCCUCUCGUACUGCCUCUGAGCAUCUGAAACGAGGGACGUGCCCGAAUUUUAACUCGCUUCCCAAACCCAUUUCGUCUAUCUCCCCGUCUUCGAACACAGCCGUAGCUUCGCCGUCAAGUGGUAGCGGCACUGCUGUUUUGGCUACUGCUGCUUCUGUGGUACACAAUAACCGAAAACGUUCUGCUGGUGCAAGUUCUAGGGGGAUGUCUGCUUCGUCGUAUCCCAUGACGGCUGUGGCUACUGUUGCUUCCGUCACUCCGUACCAAGUAAGUCCUCUUGCCAUCGUGGAUCCAUCAAGAUUUUCAGGGGAGCUAGCAGUGUUGCCUCAGCAACCGCAUUUGAUGCUUUCUGGUGGUAAGGAGGAUUUGGGUGCUUUAGCCAUGUUGGAAGACAGUGUAAAGAAGUUGAAAAGUCCUAAAACUUCUCCAGGUCUGGCUUUGAGCAAGGCCCAGAUUGACUGCGCCCUUGAUUAUUUAGCUGAUUGGGUCUAUGAGUCUUGUGGGUCUGUCUCGUUUUCGGCUCUCGAACACCCUAAAUUUCGGGCAUUCUUGAAUCAAGUCGGCUUACCUGCGGUUUCUAGAAGAGAGUUUUGCGGUGGUAGACUAGAUGUUAAGUUUGAGGACGCUAAGGUUGAGUCUGAGGCAAGGAUUAGAGAUGCUAUGUUUUUUCAAAUUGCAUCUGAUGGCUGGAAAGUCAAGAGUUUCAGCGGUUUUAGUGGCAUGAAUUUGGUGAAUUUGACAGUGAAUUUGCCUAAUGGAACUAGUUUGUAUCGGAGGGCUGUGUUUGUUACUGGUUCAGUGCCUUCUAGGUACGCAGAAGAGAUUUUAUGGGAGACCAUAUCAGGAAUUUGUGGGAAUGCAGUGCAGCAGUGUGUCGGGAUAGUUGCAGACAGGUUUAAGGCUAAGGCAUUGAGAAAUUUAGAGAAUCAGAAUCACUGGAUGGUCAAUCUUUCUUGUCAGUUUCAAGGGUUUACUAGUUUAAUAAAAGACUUUAGCAAGGAGCUUCCACUGUUCAAGACUGUCACUGAGAAUUGCUUCAAGCUUGCAAAUUUUGUCAAUAACAAGCCUCAAAUUCGAAAUAGUUUCCGUAAGUAUCAAUUGCAGGAGAACGGGCAUGCAGGAUUGCUGAGAGUGCCCUUGCGCGAGUAUGAGAAGAUGGAUUUUGGUCCUGUGUAUGCGAUGCUAGAGGAUGUAUUGAGCUCAGCUCGAGCACUGCCAUUGGUUUUACUAGAUGAAUCGUAUAAGAGAGUGUCCAUGGAGGAUCCAACAGCAAGAGAAGUUGCUGAGAUUAUUAGAGAUGUGGGUUUUUGGAAUGAAUUAGAGGCGGUGCACUCAUUGGUUAAGUUGAUCAAGGAAAUGGCUCAGGAGAUCGAAACAGAGAGGCCAUUGGUUGGGCAAUGCCUGCCACUUUGGGACCAGCUAAGGGUAAAAGUGAAGGAUUGGUGUUCAAAGUUCCACAUUGCAGAAGGAGCCGUGGAGAAAGUGAUUGAAAGACGGUUUAAGAAGAAUUAUCAUCCUGCUUGGGCUGCUGCAUACGUACUCGAUCCACUUUAUCUCCUUAGAGACGCUAGUGGCAAGUACCUUCCUCCUUUCAAAUGCUUAACUCCUGAGCAGGAAAAAGAUGUAGACAAGCUCAUAACCAGGCUUGUCUCCAUGAAGGAGGCUCAUAUUGCAUUAAUGGAAAUUAUGAAAUGGAGAACAGAAGGGCUUGAUCCAGUGUAUGCAAGAGCAGUCCAAAUGAAGGAAAGGAAUCCCAUUACGGGAAAGAUGAAAAUUGCCAAUCCGCAAAGUAGUAGGCUUGUGUGGGAGACUUAUCUUACCGAGUUUAAAUUAUUAGGGAAAGUUGCAGUUAGGCUUAUUUUUCUUCAUGCAACUGCAUGUGGGUUCAAAUGCAAUUGGUCUUUGUUGAAAUGGGUGUGUGCCCAUGGGCAUUCAAGAGCAACCAUGGACAAGGCACAAAAGUUGGUAUUCAUUGCAGCUCAUUCCAAGCUUGAGAGGCGGGAGUUUUCUAGCGAUGAAGACAAGGAUGCAGAGCUUCUCGCAUUAGCAAAUGGUGAGGAUGAUGUGCUGAAUGAGGUUCUUGUUGAUACAUCCUCAAUGUGACAUUUUUUUUUUUACUCCUUUUGAAUUUUAAAUUUGUAGAAUUUAUUGAAUUCUUUUCUCUAUUUAUUUCUUUUUGUACUUUCAAUCAGUUGGGAGGAAGAGGGGGAAUUGAUAGGAGAUUCAGUUUUUGUAUGCCUAGCUAGUAAUGCAUGCCCCUUGAUUUGAGCAAUUGCCCAUCUUUCAUCCUAGAAAGAUUUUUGAAGAUUUUGAGUUUGUGGUAAAGAAAAUCUUCUUGCUUGUAAAGAUAGCAAUUGUUGUAUUAAGAGAUAUUACAGAUCAGGAAGAAUGUUGUAAAAUUUUUUCCCCAAGUGAUUUGGGUAAAUGACAAUAUUAUAAGGGGAAAGGUUUCAUGGUU